AUGGCGAGGCCCGCGCGUGCGCCGCUGCUCCGGCGCCUGCUCCUCCUGGCGGCCGUCGCGGCUUCCUGCUCCUACUACCUCCUCUUCCUGCAGGCGCAGGCCUCCGUCCCGCCGCGGUACGACGGCUUCGCCUACGGCGGCGGCGCCGCGGCGGCCUGGAAGGACGCCGUCCUCGUCGAGGCCUUCCUCGACCCGCUCUGCCCCGACAGCCGCGACUCCUGGCACCCGCUCAAGCUCGCCGUCGAGCGAUACGCGCCGCGGGUCUCACUCAUCGUCCACCCCUUCCCGCUACCAUACCACACAUAUGCAUUCCAUGCCUGCCGUGCACUUUACAUAGCUAACAAGUUGAAUUCGUCAUCAACAUAUCCAUUGCUGGAGCUGUUCUUCAAGAACCAGGAAAAGUUCUACAAUUCUGCCACAUCAUCGCUCUCAAGCACUUCUGUAGCUGUAGAAAUGUCGAAGAUGGCUUCGCAGACUGUUGGUAAUUCAGUAUCCGAGUUCCUGUCAGGCUUCAGCGACACAAAGACAGAUUCGGCAGCGAGAGUUUCUUUCAAGUAUGGGUGCACGAGGGGAGUUUAUGGCGCGCCGUUCUUCUUCGUGAAUGGUUUCCUUCAGCCUGGGGGUGGAUCGCCUAUCGACUACAGCACAUGGAUCGGCAUCCUGGACCCCCUUGUUUCCCAGAAUGGAGAACGGAUUGAGAUGUUUACUUCGAUGUAA